UAUUCCUUCCCCUCUUUAGAUCCGCUCCCUGUGCUGGAGAUCCACGACCUUCAGGACGAGCCGAUCAGUAGCUCGAAAUUCUUCCAUACAGCUGUGAACAAUCUGGAGCUGGAGGUUCUCCAACCUUCUAUUCCUGAUGCUCCAGCAGAAGAAGACUUGGACUCCACUGUGAAAUCUGAAGUGAACAGCUUUGAAUCUCCAGUGAGUCAGCAGUUCUCAACAGACGGCAUCUUUGAAGCGUUCAGCGGAGACUCUGUGCAGGUUGACAUUGACUCUGCACUGGAUGAAGACUCGGAGUCUUCACUGAAUCAGAAGGUCUCACAAGAUGACUCCGCUGAUGAUUCUGCACUGAGUCUUACAGCAGAUGAUGAGACCUGUUUGGACAAUAAUGACAUCAGCUCCCGCUACAAUCUGGGAAAGCAGCUCGGUGAAGGAGGUUUCGGCUCUGUUUUUGAGGGGAUCCGCAUACAGGAUGGUCUGCAGGUGGCUGUUAAAUUUGCCCAAAUGACACCACGUAUGCAAGAUCUCUGCUCUUCUCAUGACCAGCCACCUCUAGAGAUCACCUUGGCAAGUAUGGCCAGCAGUGGCUCCAGGUGUGCCAAUAUAAUUCAGCUCCUAGACUGGCAGGUCUUCAAAGACCAUUAUGUCAUGGUCAUGGAGCGGCCUACGCCAAGUAUGGACCUGGAGGCAUUCCUGCAACUCAACGGAGGCGUCCUCACCGAGCAAACGGCACAAACUAUCAUGGGCCAAGCUGUUCAUGCUGCCAAUGUUUGCUGCUACCGGGAAGUAUUCCACAGAGACAUUAAGCUGCAAAACCUGCUUGUAAACCCAAACACACUGGAGGUCAAACUGAUUGACUUCGGCUGCGGAGAUUAUAUGAUGGAAUCAGCAUACUCCACCUUUUCUGGCACAGAAGCGUACAUGCCGCCAGAGUUUUACAAAAGAGGAUGUUACCAUGCCAAACCAGCGACUGUCUAUUCUCUUGGGGUUCUUCUCUUCACAUUGCUGCAUGGAGAUUUCCCAACGACGUAUGACCUGUACUACCUGGAGCAUGACUGGUCCAAAUUUACCCUCUCUCAAGAAUGCUGUGAUCUGAUGUGGGCUUGUCUGCAGCAGAUUCCAGAGCACAGAAUUCUUCUAGGACAGAUGCCUUACCACGACUGGUUCAUGCUGGAGUAGCCAGUUGACACCUUUGCUGUUAAUAUAUAGUGUCUUGUUAUUGUAUUAUUCACUUCUUUAUUGUUACAGUUGUUUUUGUGUAUGUCUCUAAUAAAAAUAUAUAUUUUUGAACUCA